GUAGCAAAGGAAAAGUCGUAGCAUCAUCAUAUAGCGGGUUCUCGUAGCGAAUAUUUACGAAGUUCCGUAGUCGAUUUCGUAGCGGUGUUUAUGCCACAAUUUGACAAACUGAAAACGCAAAAAAUACUCGAAAAUUAGGUCAGUUUUUUGUUGAAAAGUUUUUAUCGAAAACUAUUAGGAGUCCCGUUCAAUUUCGGCGAUCAUAACAAAGCCGCUAGAAGGACCGUCCGAAAAAGGGCCGCCGGAUUGUUGUUUUAAUAAAUUUAAAAUGGCGAUGUGUUAAUCAAUUUUUGUGGACAUUUAAAUGGUCCUAAUUUACUGUAUUCGUCAACGAAAAAGAGAUUUUGUAUUGAAACGUCCCGUGAUUUGAUCUGGAACAAAGUUAGGCUAACAACCAUGCCCCACAGGGAUCCUGGUUUUCUGGUAAUUUAUCCAGAUUAGUAUUCAAUAUUUAAAGGAAAAAUGUCCCGAGGUUUCGGCAAGUAUAGAAGAGGUGCAAGUCACCACAGUUUCCACUUUGAUAGUCUCUUUAAAGAGAACAGUAAUAGACCGUCUGCUGCAAGGUCUGCAGCUUCAGUCGGUAAAUGGGGCAUUACCAGUUUUACUAGUAUUAGGACACUGAAUGGGAGGCCAGAAAACGAAACCAGUAAAUCAGAGAGUGCCCCUAAACCUAAGAAGUUCUUCAAAAGUCGAGACACCAGUCAAGAUGCCAAUACAACUCCUGCUUAUCAGUCACCACCAACCAAAUAUGGAGCGUCUUCUAAAAGAGACAGGUCCGCCUCUUAUGAACCGAUUGAAAAGCCCACAAAAGGCAGACCUCAAAGGAAGUUCUUCUCGUCUAAAAAACCAAAAGAAAAACGACUACCAGAAAAACAGUUGAGCAUGGGCAGUCCGCCUGCAAAGAGAAGAAAUUCCGAAAGGAGCGACUCUAGCGAAUCUUCAAAACCACCGAUAGUUUUAAGGAUUUGCAGGGGCAAAUCUCAAUUGGUCAAUGACACUGAUGAAACUGAAAAAACUGUUACACCCAGUCCCCGUUCUGUGACGCCUGUUUCUGCUUCUCCUCACACUUUGUGUGAAACCUCAAAUCCACAAACUACGCCUCCAAGACCAUCUAAUUGCCGCAUUACACGUAGUGCUAGGAGAAGCAUGCAAAUGGAUCCUGAUAGUAGUCCUGCUACUGCAGACACACCAGGAGAGUUUACUUUAUUUGGAGCAUCAUCAAAGAAAGAUAUCCCUGAAACUGACUUAUCACCACAAUACGUACCUGCAGAAAAAUUCGAGGAACAACGCAGGGCGUUAUAUGCCAGCCUCCUGAAGCCUGAUUCCCCAAAACUUCAAUCAGAAGAAGAAUCUGAAGACGAGCUAUCCAAAGAAGAAAAUUGUGAACCAAAAGAUGAAGAGAAGUCAGCAAAGGAUGAAGUUCCAGAAACUCAUCAAGAGGCAACUGAAGAAAAUGAUUCGCUAGAAGAACCAAAGCAAGAUACUUCAACAGAAGAUACAAGUAUUGAAGAUGUUAUGGCUGCAUUACAUGGAGGAGAAAAUGAAGUAAUAUCAGAACCAAAGCUUGUAAUUGAAGAAAAUGAUUCGAGCAUGGGCCUUGACCAAGUUGACUCAGGGGAAAAAUCAAUAGAAAGUGAUACUGAGGAAGAAUCUAUUGAAGCCAAAUUGGCAAGGAUGGAACAAGAAGCUUCUAAAGGAAAUGAAAGCAUGGAAACAAUAGAGAAUAUUGCUAAAGAAAUAGAGUGUAGCCAAGUGAUAAAACCAGAGCCUGCAAAGAGGGCUACUAGAAGAAGAGGAAAGCAAAAAGAACAAAUAAUUGAGCCUUUAAAAGAGAAAAAAGUAGCCAGACCUCCACUUAGAGGUGGUUUAAGGAAUAGAAAUAAGGCAGCUAUUGUGGAAGUUGCAAAAGAAGAGACUGAGCCAGUGAUAGAAGAAAUGGAAGAGGAACCAAAGGUAGAAGAAAUGCCAGCUAUAGAAGAACCUGAACCCAUAGUUAUUAAAAUGAAAGAUAUAUCUCCAACGCCAAGUCCCCCACCUGAAGAAAAUUUAAACAAAAAAGUCAACAAACAAAGCAUAGAAGAAGACUGGAGCACUGACAGCGACUCAAAUAAUUCAGCUCCAGACAUAGAGCUGAAAGAAGUAGAUCCAGAUGUAGCAGACUCGCCAAGCAACAUAGUGAGACACAGGGAUAAGAUUCUGGACAAAAUUUUGGAAAAACCUCCAGAUCCUCCACCAGUCAAGUUGGUAAUUUCUAAGAAAAAAGGCAGUAUAUUCAAAAGUAGAGCAGUUGAUGAUGGUGCAAAAAAACGUAGAGCCCGGUAUGUACAUAAAUGGAUAGAUGACGGCAAGGGUGGAGGUGAAACUCCAGCCAGACCACCUCCUGAAAACACUGGAUUAGAAGAAUAUUCUUUUGAUGAUGAACCUUUGACGCGGGUUAAAACUGUUGAAGAUGAUCAAGAGGUAACAAGCGUUAAGUGUUCAAAGACUGAUAAACAGUACUACAUGGUUGUGCGAAAUGUUAAAAAAGCACAUCAAAUACAAGAGAUUGGCGAGUUUCAAGAGUUUAAUGAUGAUGUUGAGUAUAUUUUGGAUGCUUUACAGGAUAACAAUCCAGUUAGUACAAGGUGUUUGUCAGCUAUUACUCUAGCCUCAAAGUGUAUGGCACCUGCCUUCCGUAUGCACGUACGAGCUCACGGCACAGUUGCCAAAUUUUUCAAAGCCUUACACGACGCGUGCAGAGAUCAGAGUCUUGGCCUUUGUACAGCCACAGUAAUGUUUGUACUCAGCCAGGACAGGCUCAACAUGGAUUUAGACAGAGAUUGUCUCGAGUUGAUGCUCAAUCUAUUAGAGUCCGAUGUCAGUUAUCAACAGGCGUUGGACGUUUGUGGGCUGACAUCGGGCCAACUAGAGAAAAACAAGCAGAAAGUGCGAGAACUCUGUGAAGAAAUCCAGAGCAAAGGACACGCUAUGCAUUUGAACUUGGAAAAUAUCACCACAGGGCAACUGGCUAUGGAAACGUUGCUGUCUUUAACUUCCAAGAGAGCGGGCGAGUGGUUUAAAGAGGAAUUGAGAGAGUUGGGCGGCUUGGAGCACAUAAUGAAGACUAUUCAUGAGUGUUGCAGGCAAGUUUCUGACUAUGUUGUUAGUUGGACUGAUGCAUUGUUGGAUAAGCUUAAGAAAGUGGACAGGUGCUUGAGGGUAUUGGAAAAUAUAACUCAAAAUAAUGAAGAAAAUCAAACUUAUAUCCUUAAAUACAAUGAGGGUAUGAUGAUAGACACUCUGGUCAGUUUAUAUAAACUGUGCGAUGGUGAAAUCCCCCUCUAUCCUGUCACAGACAUUGCUGACAAAUCUUCUACUGGAACAAUCGUGCGCGAAGCCUUAUUGGUCACUUUGAAAGUCCUAAUCAAUUUAACGCAUCAUUAUAGGCAACAAUCGAUUGGUAGUCAGUUGGUCGGAUCCAGAUCUGGUAUUAUAGAAACUAGUUUACACUUGCUCCUUCAAGUACCCAACUACAUUCCGGAGCAGAAAAAAUUCGAAUUAGGUGUAUUGGUGCUGAUGUUAUUGAUUAAUCUGAUCCAGGACCAGGAAGCCAACAAAAAAUUGCUUAUGGAAGCCAAAGCACCAUCAAAAUUGGAAAGUAUAUAUUCAAGAGAGGAAAGUGCAGUUGAGGCUUUAAUCAUUCAGUUUUAUGAAUGGGAAAGUUGCGCAAAAAUAGCAGAAAAUAAAACCAACGCCAUUUUGGAUGGCGAAAAAGAUGAACAAGACCAGGAGGCUCCUGUGCAGCCUCAACCUAAAACCAAUGAGGAAUUUAUUGAGGAGACUGUCGCUAAAUUGCUUCAAAAAGCUGGCACUCAUAUGGAAUACACAUUCCUAGCUUCUUAUAUUGUCAUGCUGGUUGGGUUUCUUAUUAUGGACAGCUCAGAACACCAGGACAACAUAAGACAAUUUUUACGAGGCAACAAUUUCAGUGAUAUGGUAGAACUACUAAAGAAAUUCUUCAAUUUUAUGAAUUUGACAGCAUCUACUGAAGCUUCAAGUGUUUGUGCAGUGAAGGCAACCCAAAAAGUGAUAAAAUUCCUAGAAUCUUGUGACCAGCAACCAUCCGAUGGAAAUGUCAGUUCUGAUGUUGAAAAAUCUAAAAUUGAACCUGUGGAUAUGGUGGUACCGUACUUAUAAUAAAAAUGCAGUGCGUCUUUGUACAUUUGUUACUAGACUUUAGGUAAGAAAGCAACAAAAUGCUUAGGUCGCACAUUUGUGGUAAAAUUUUCUAUUUCACUGGACUUGAUGAACCUUUUUUGUUUUGCGAUUGAACUUCUUACUGAAAAAACGCACUUUUUUUUGUAAUGAAAGCAAGUGCCAUAAAGUUCAAUUUAGCCUUUAUGUUUUAUAAAACUACUUUUCAAAAAUAUGAAGUUUGAUCGCUAAAAAAAACUGACACUGUUACCUCAGCAGAUAGAUCUAUUUUUUAAGUUUAAAAAAAUAAUUAAUUUUGUUGGUUUUUGGCCUAUUUCAUUGGUACAUUGUGACAUUUAGUAUAAAGAUUCAUCCGAAGUGCAAAGCUCUCAAUUUACCAAAUAGAACACUGACAAAUAUAGAUAAACUAAUAGAGUUUUACUAUAAUUAAAUAUAUAAAAUGUUUUUAAUUUUUACAUUUUCUAGUAUUAUUUCUAUAGGUAUACAAAAAAAGAAGAGAUAUUUUAUUAAGGAAAUUGAAAUGUAUUUUUGCUGGUUUACAGUUAUAUUGUUUUUUAAUAUUAUCAUUUUAUUGUGUAAAUAAGUAAUCCUUCCAAAAAAAAAGAACUCUUUCAUUUUAAAUCUAAAAAAAUGAUGUUAUCUUUGUACAAUACUGUGUAGUCAGAUUUUAUUUAUUUUUUCUUUAAUUGGACUGUUUUAAAAAUUGUAAAUAUAUAUUAAGAUUACAAUUUUUUAAUUGUCGUUUUAUUUAUCAAGAACUCAUAGUUUUUUUGUUUUUCAUGGACAGUUGGGCCAUUCUGAUGGCG